CCUAGCCACUGACCAUCCCAUCCCAUCCAUGUGCCACUCUGUCUCACCCCCUCUUUUAAUAUCUCUCCCUCUCUCUCGCUGACUCUCUCUCUCUCUCCUCUCGCUCCUCUCUCUGUCUCCAUCCAUUCCCUGCUAGGGAUGCGGCUGCCAUAGCAACUGCUGAGUCACUCCCGGCUCUCUGCUCUCAGCUGCCGUCCUCUAAUGUGAUUGUUUUAGUGAGGGUGGCACCCAGGCCCUCAGUCAUCCACCCUGUCUGCAUGCGUGAGCAUAUUGAUCAGAGUACUCCAACACGUACAUUUGUUGCAGUCGAUUCAGUCGAACGUAAAGAUCCAUCACUGCGGGUGUCGGAGCCAGAUGACCCUGGGGGAGCUCUACAGGCCAAACGGGAGCCUUUCAGAUGGGUAACUUUCCCACCACGGUGAAGCACUGCCUGAGCUACGAGGAACUAAUCCAGGAUUAUCCGUGGCUAGCACGCUGGCUGCAGGAGGAGAAGCGAGCUUUAACACAUGAAUACCCCGAGUAUGUUAAAAUUGUUGAAGUCGGGCCAAGAGACGGACUUCAAAAUGAAAAGGAAAUGGUUCCAACAGGAGUCAAAAUUCAGCUGAUAGACAUGCUCUCGGAAACAGGCCUGCCUGUGAUCGAGGCCACCAGUUUUGUGUCUUCAAAGUGGGUACCGCAGAUGGCGGACCACACUGAAGUACUUCAAGCCAUCCACAGAUCUUCUCAUGUCCGUUAUCCAGUUCUGACACCCAACAUGCAUGGCUUUCAGGAUGCUGUUGCAGCUGGUGCUACUGAAGUGGCCGUGUUUGGGUCUGCAUCUGAGACCUUCAGUAGGAAAAACAUCAACUGCUCUAUAGAUGAGAGCAUUCUGAGGUUCGAGGAAGUCAUUUGCACUGCCAAACAACGACAGAUUCCAGUCCGUGGAUAUGUUUCUUGUGCACUAGGAUGUCCAUAUGAGGGACCCAUUGAAUCCACUAAAGUUGCAGAGGUGGUGAAGAGGUUGUAUGAACUGGGCUGCUACGAAGUGUCUCUGGGGGAUACUAUCGGCGUGGGGACCCCAGGCUCCAUGGCCAAGAUGUUACACAGCGUCAUGAAGGAGGUACCCAGCAGCGCUCUGGCCGUUCACUGCCAUGACACUUACGGCCAGGCCCUGGCCAACAUCCUAACCGCACUGCAGAUGGGGAUUUGUACAGUGGACUCGUCUGUAGCAGGUCUGGGAGGGUGCCCAUAUGCUCAGGGUGCCUCUGGCAAUGUGUCAACAGAAGAUGUUCUCUAUAUGCUCCAUGGGAUGGGCAUUAAAACCGGAGUGGAUCUCUCCAAAGUAAUUGAAGCAGGUGACUUCAUCUGCAAAGCCUUAAACUGCAAGACCAACUCCAAGGUAGCCCAAGCGAGAGGCGAUUACUCUGUGCAUUGCCGCAUGAAGAAGAUAAAUACUUGACACCUUGUCCUUUUGAACAUUGUUCCUUUUCAUGCUGCAUAUAGAUAGCAAAUUAUACAAUACAAAGUGCACUAUACUUCAUUUUUUGGACAAAAAUGUAUAGCCAUUUAGCAGAGGCACUUUAUUAAAGCGUUGCUGGAUAAGGCCUACUUAAAUUAAAGAAAUAACUGUAAACUUUUUAAACCAAAUAACUUGUAUCACUGUAUAGUCUGUCUGAUAGGAGGUAAAAGAGAUGACUCCUCACUAAGUUGUGAACGUUAUUCAUGAUGUUUCUGUUUGGGGUCUCUUUCCAUUCAUUUCCAGCUCAAUGUGGUUACAAUUAGACAAGGGGACCUGAGAGGGUUAAGGGAGUCCUGCUGGGUUUAAAACCAGUGUGGGUCGAUCAUUAUCUCCCUCAAAAUGUAUUUUCAUUUCCUAAGUCGCUUGCUCUGUCAAGAUGGAAGUAUGUCUGCCUUCACAUGUGAAAUAUGUAUUUGUUUUCUCUCUCUUCAUCCUUCUCACCAGUGCAUGACCCCAUUCCAUAAGUUGGAUAAGGUCAUUCAUUAAUUACAUUUUGUAGAGUUAAAUGGACAGUAUUCAGCAGCUUUAUGUUGAACUAUUGUAUUUGCAAUAGUCAGAAGGGACAAAUGUAUUUUAGCUGGUGAAGCAUCUCAUCCGCUACUUUUGGUAGAAGUAGGCCUGCCAAUAUCUAUAAGAACACUGAACAAUAUCAAAUAUUGGUAAAUUAAAUCCCAACAUUAACUUUGUUAUAUAACAAAGCAUUUAACCUCCCUUCCAGUAGACAGUCCUCCUUUUUAAAUGCCUUGCUCUUGCAGAUAAGUUGAGCAAAUGUCAAUAUCCAUAAGUAUUUUAUUAAUUUGCUUUUUAAUAGUAAUGAAUGUAGUAUUAUGUAUUGUGUAUUAUGUGACAGUGCUAUAAUAAUAAGUAAUAUAUUGAA